CAGAGGCUCUUGGCUGCAGACUGGAUGUCGUGCAUGCACUGAACUGUAAAUAACUCUGCAUUAUUCCAGGGUUUGACCCCGGUCCUCAGCACUGUGCGUCGGUGCAGGCAGACAGCAUGGCCCCGCAGGAAGACGCUGCUCUGCUGCUCCUGAUCUUCCAGCACCUGAAGGUGAAUGGAUACAAGAAAGCUGCAAAGGUGCUGGAGAAACACGUCACUCAGGUGGAGACACCGGAGGAGAGCUCAAGCCUUCAGGAUAUCUACACAAGCUGGAUAAAGCUUUGCUCUUUGGCUCAGCAUGCCAAGCAGGAGACAGAAGACGCCACUACUAUGAAGAAGAAGAGCAUCAAACCAGAGCCUGCCACCAGCGAAGAAGAAGAGGGUGAAGACGCUAAACUCACCAACGGCACAGAGGAAAAUAAUGUGGAUGACAAACCUCUACCUGAGUCCAAGACAGAUGGUGUCGAGCCAUCCAGUGCAGAGCUUCCCACUGAGGACGGAGACGCUGAGACGGUCUCUGAGCAGCUGCUGCAUCCUGCAGGUGAAACCAAAACCUCAAACUCUGACGGUGGUGAAGAAGAAGAAGAAGAAGAAAAGAAAGAGGACGAGGAAACAAAGGAGCAAGAGUCCGCUCCCGCCGAAGUGUCCGCUGAGGCAUCUAACAAGGCAGAAAGUUCCACCUCCGACUCUGUGGAAGAGGUCGAGCCCAGACAAGCUGCCUCUGAUGAGGCUGAGGAUCAGCUCGUGACCUCUGAACCCGCCGUGACCUCCAGCGAGAGCAGCCAGGAGCACAAAGAGGACGACGAUGAGCUGAAACAGGCAACAGAUGAAACCUCUGCAUGUGAACAGACAGCCGCAGAUCAAACUGAGGUCUCAGAGGAUGAGCAAGGCAGCGCUGCAAAGAAGCCCGACCCGGCUGAAGACGCCACACCUGAGCCGCCUGCUCUGGAGACCAAUGAGCAGCCGGCAGAGAGCGAAGCCCCGCCCCCUGCAGAUGCUGAUUCAGAAAAUUCAAAUGAGGAAAAGGAGGAAAAGCAGCAGGAGGAGACACCUGAGACGUCAGAGGACGUUACAUCACCGCUGAAACCUGAAGAACAGACGGAGGACCUCGUCAUCGUCACCGAGAAUGCUACGGUGGCAGCGGCAGACGACGGAGGAGACCCAGAAGUUUCCAUCAUCCUCAACAUCGAAGACGAAGACGGCGAAGCAACCGAGAAAGAAACCAGCCAGCUGCUCCCCGAGGAGGCUGCAGAGUCCUGCGAAGAUGCCAAAACUCCCAAGAAGAAGAAGAAAAAGAAGAGCAAAGAGGAACUCGAGGCCUCAACAGAUGCACCGAGUGUAGACUCAUCCACUGUAGAAACAUCCAGUGAUACUCCUUCUUCCACCAAGUCUGCCAAAAAGAAAAAGAGAGACAAGAAGAUGGAGGAAGAGGUGGCAGAGGAAGAUGAGAAGAAAGAAGAGGAGGACAUGUCUCAGGCCACUUCUCCAGAGAAGAAGAAGAAGAAGAAGACUAAGAAAAGGAAAAGGGAGCAAGAUGAAGCACAAGAGGAUGAAGAGGAAACUCCCAUCACUCCUUCAGAAAAUAAAAUGAAAAAGAAAAAGAGUAAGGUGAAAGAAGUGGAAGAGGAGGAGAGCGAGGCAGUAGGAGAGGAGGAGGAGGAGGAGGAGGAGAAAAAGAAGAAGAAGAAGAAGAAAAAGGGGAAACUGGAGGUGCAGUCUGAUGAGAAACCAGCAGGGGGCGACAAAGACGCAGAGACAGACGGAAACUCUUCUCUGCUCUCCUCGGCCAAAAAGAAAAACCGUUUCAGGAAGAAGCUCAGCCGGAAGAAGAGAUCGAGGCUCAUCAGCAAAGAGAAGAGAUCGACUCCAGAAAGCAAGAAGCUAGACAGCAAGAAGAAACAGAAACGGGUCAAAGAGGACGCAGACGAGACGCCUCGACCAAAACCCUCCAAAAGACCUCAACCUGAUCCUGUGGAGGAGAACGACCAAACACCAAAGAAGAAGAAAAAGAUCACAAUGAAUGUGGAACAAGAAGAGAAUUCCUCAAAGGAAAACCAACCGCCAAAGACGAAGAGAAAGAAGAGCUCAGUGAAGGAGGAGGAUGAAAGCGGCGUGUUGAGCUCCGAGCCUCCUGAAAUGGAAAACAAGAAGAAGAAGAAGAAGAAGAAGAAGGAUGGAGAAGGUGAGGAGACGACAGAGAGCUCCACUCCCGUCACUGCGAGCCAAAAGAAGAAGAAGAAGAACCGGUUAAAGGAACAACUGGAAGAGACAGAACCGGCUGCAGACAAACAAACUCCUCUGGCUUCUCCUACGAAAAAGAAAUCCCCCAAAAAGAUGAAAACCCCCCCAACAGAGGAUCACCUCUGAUUUAAAUCUUGUGAUUUCUCUGAUCAGUCUUGGACCUGAAACCCCCAAAAAACAACAGGACAAUCUGCAUCAUGUUUGUGCCUUUACUUUCACUCUCUGAUGAAAGAAGAUCUGCUCUCAGAAAAAAGAGAUAUUUCUGAAGGAACGUCAGUGUUUUCAGUCACGUUUCACUGUCUUUGCUCUGAAACAGUGGAAACAAUACAACUACAAACCUUCAGCCCAUUGGUGUUUCAUUUAUACAGGCAGAGCUGCUCCAGUAGGACAAAUAAGAUCAUUGGUGUAAUUCAAAGAUGAAUUUCACAAUAUGCACUUCCUACUAUUGCCCAACUGAAACUGGAUUUUUGAAGUCAGUACUGAUUUAGUUAAAUAUAAUAUAAUGGCCAAUUGUAAUUUUUAAAUCCUACACGACAAUCUUGAUUCUGACUCCUUAGUUUUUGACCAAGAUGCAGACUAAGCAGGUAUCUGCAUCCCAUCCAAACUAAUCAUGAAGGGCAACAUUCAUGAUCAGACCCAUUUCUGUUCUUGGAAAUUGAAUUCAGCACCACUGACUAUA